AUGCUUUCGUUUUCAGCUUCUUUGUUGCCUCCUCCGAGUUUAUACUGCGAUGGUUCUUCUUCUGACCGAUCCAUCGUUACUACCUCGUUCCGUCGGAAACUCUUUUGCUGUUGCAUAGCGACCAAAUCCGAUAAUCUCUCCAAAUCAGGAGGAGCUAUCAGUAAAGAGAAUGAUUCUGAUGUUCUUAUAGAAUGUAGAGAUGUCUACAAAUCAUUUGGUGAAAAACAUAUCUUGAAAGGUGUUAGCUUUAAGAUCAGACAUGGAGAAGCUGUUGGGGUGAUUGGUCCUUCUGGGACUGGAAAAUCAACAAUUUUAAAGAUCAUGGCUGGUCUUCUUGCUCCAGAUAAGGGAGAGGUUUAUAUAAGAGGGCAAAAACGAGCUGGUUUGAUAAGUGAUGAGGAAAUAUCAGGACUUCGUAUUGGACUCGUAUUUCAAAGUGCAGCUCUCUUUGAUUCUCUAAACGUUCGUGAAAACGUUGGUUUUCUACUUUAUGAAAGUUCAAAAAUGUCUGAGGAUCAUAUAUCUGAGCUUGUUACACAAACCUUGGCAGCUGUUGGUUUGAAGGGGGUUGAGAAUCGACUACCUUCUGAGCUAUCUGGUGGGAUGAAGAAAAGAGUUGCUUUAGCUCGUUCGCUCAUUUUCGAUACAACGAAAGAGGUCAUAGAGCCAGAGGUGCUCUUGUAUGAUGAACCAACUGCUGGACUUGAUCCAAUUGCAUCAACUGUAGUUGAAGAUCUUAUACGGUCUGUUCACAUGACGGGCGAGGAAGAUACACUCGGAAAACCGGGCAAAAUUGCGUCUUAUCUCGUUGUUACACAUCAACAUAGCACCAUUCAAAGAGCUGUAGACAGGUUAUUGUUUCUGUAUGAAGGAAAGAUCGUUUGGCAAGGAAUGACGUAUGAAUUCACAACCUCAACUAAUCCAAUUGUUCAACAGUUUGCUACAGGCAGCCUCGACGGACCAAUCAGAUACUAG